AUGGGCGCCUCCGGCAGCGCCCCCGCCACCCCCGCGCCGCCCCGCGGCCGGCGCCCGGAGCACGUCCGCGACCCGCGCUCCCCCAGCGCCGGCAUCCUGCGCACCCCCAUCGAGGUGCUGAGCUCUCCCCCCGCCGGCGGCAGCCCCCAGCCCGGCCCCGCAGCGGAGGCGGCCGGCCCGGCCGCGGACCCCCGCUCGCCGACGCCCGGCAUCUCCCGCACGCCCAUGAAGGACGCGCUGAGCGACAGCGUGGAGCGCCUGGUGAAGCAGCUCAGCGAGGCCUUCGGCGUCCAGACCGAGCCGCCGGCAGCCGCCCGGCCCCGCCGGGAGCCGGCAGCAGCCCCCGGGAGAGAGGCGGAGCGGCCCCCGUCGCCCGGAGGAUGCUGCGAGGCCACCCCGCGGGCCCCACGCCACGCAGGGACGGCUCCGGCCGCGGGAAGCAAGUAUGUAAGACGUAAGGCCGGCAACAAAAUCAUGGUAACAUCUGGAGGAAAUGGCCGAUCUCCCUUCAGUGUCCUACAAGAUGAUAAUUCCCCCAGUGCUUCUGCCCCUCACCAGGUUAAGAGGCAUGUGUUGGGAGAGAACCUUGGGGAGAAGGAAACAGUGGCAGCAGAUCUGAGCAGGAACCUCAAAGCCGGGAACUGUCCUUGGAGCGACUUGAACAAAGAGAACCAACAGUGUCCUUUUGUGGAGAACUAGAGACUUCCUUUCCCAGGAUCUUGCUGUAAUUUGCUUCUGUGCUUUGAGAAUCUUCCUGGGUGAGGAAUCCUGCAGCAGACUGGAACUCCAGACUUGUCACUUUUUACCUCUCUCGGGGGGGGGGGGAAGGGAAAGCAUUCUGUUGUAGCUUGCAUGUGCUAUGUACAGUACAAGCUUUGGCUUUCUGUAUGUUAGCUGUAUUGACUGUACAGUUCUUGCCUGUAACAAAUAAAUUUAUAAACCC